CCAACUUUUUGCUUCUUCUUUAACACUACUACACCAAAUUAAAACUAAUUCGAUUUGAUGAAGCCGUAAAAAUUAAUCACACGUGCCACCGCCUCUCCACCCACCAAUCCCGCUCACAACUAUAAUAAAACCAAAGAUACUCCAACUAGCUGAUUUCAGAAAACAAAAAAAUGGUUGUACAAUAUCCUUCUUCCUCUUUGAUGACCGAAUUUUUGCGGCAGUGCGGCGGCGCCGCCGUCAUCGACGGGGGACUUGCGACGGAGCUCCAAAGGCACGGGGCUGACCUCAAUGAUCCUCUGUGGAGUGCUAAGUGCCUCAUCAACUCACCUCACCUUCUAAGAAGGGUUCACUUGGACUACCUUGAAGCUGGUGCAAAUAUCAUUAUAUCCGCAUCUUAUCAGGCUACUCUUCAUGGAUUUGCAGCUAAGGGGCUUUCAGGGAAAGAAGCUGAAGCCUUACUAGAAAAAAGUGUAAAGAUAGCUUGUGAGGCUCGUGAUAUAUACUACGAAAGGGCCACUAAAGGCUCGUGGGAUAUUUCAAACGACGGAAUAUCUUUAAAACAACAACGUCCAAUCUUGGUUGCUGCAUCUGUUGGGAGCUAUGGCGCUUAUCUGGCGGAUGGUUCAGAGUAUAGAGGGAUUUAUGGGGAUAACAUUGGUUUGGAAGCUCUCAAAGAUUUUCACCGUAGAAGGGUUCAGGUUUUGGCUGGGUCGGGGGCCGAUUUGAUUGCAUUUGAGACCAUCCCAAAUAAGCUGGAAGCUAAGGCAUAUGCAGAGCUUCUGGAAGAAGAGGGAAUUAACAUACCUGCCUGGUUUUCCUUCACUUCCAAUGAUGGGAACAAUGUAGCCAGUGGCGACCCAAUUGAAGAUUGUGCCUUAGUUGCUGAGAGUAGCACUCGAGUGACGACAAAACCGAUUCUCGUAUAUCCGAACAGUGGCGAGACUUAUGAUGGGAACACAAAGGAAUGGAUGCCAUCAAUGGGUGUCUCGGAUGUUGAUUUUGUUUCGUACGUGGGGAAAUGGAGGGAAGCAGGGGCUUCUCUGAUUGGGGGAUGCUGUAGGACCACACCAAACACCAUUGCAGCUAUUUCUAAGUCGCGGGUCGAGGGCGACGGCGCCAGAAUAGACCGCGAUAGAUCUACCUCGAUCUUACCUCCAUAUAUUGUGGGGGUUCCACCUCCGAUCGAUCCGUUCCUGCACUGCCUGAGCGAGAAAUCGGCAGACCAUUCAGAGACUAGCCAUGUAGUCCGUAAUCUGUGGGGAUAG